CCUUGCGGCCCUUAAUCCCCACCCUCGCUGGCUUUUUUAUCUCUUGCUCCCUGGAGCAAAGGAGCCUUCCUUAUCGGAGGGGUCCAUCCUUUUGCUGGAGGAGGGAAAGGGAGCAAGGAAGGAAGGCGGGCAAGGAGGGCAAGGAGGGAGCUGAGCUGCUGCUGCUGCUGUUCCUGCUGAUUGGCUCUGCCUUUGGGAAGGAGCCUCCUUGGCUGCCCAGCGCCACUCACCUUUACCUUUAAAGCCGCAGGAGGAGCUGGUGCCAGGCGGAUGUAGUAGGAAGGCAGGCAGGCAGGCAAGGAAACAGGAGGAAGGAAAGAAAAGGAAGGAAAGAAAGAAGAAAGAAAGAAGAUGGUCAUUCGGGUCUUCAUCGCUUCCUCCUCGGGAUCCGUGGCGAUAAAGAAGAGACAGCAAGACAUUGUACGGUUUCUGGAAGCCAACAAGAUCGACUUUGUAGAGGUGGAUAUCACUAUGUCAGAGGAACAAAGGCGAUGGAUGUAUAAAAACAUCCCUAAGGACAAGCAGCCUGAACAAGGCAAUCCGCUACCUCCCCAGAUUUUCAGUGAUGAUGAGUACUGCGGAGAUUAUGACUCAUUCUUUGAAUCCAAGGAGAGCAACACCGUCUUUACAUUUCUUGGGUUGAAACCUAGUUUGGCAUCAAAGGAGUCGGAGCCUUAAGAAUAUUCCUUGAGGAUUCAACAAGCACAUUGUCUGGGUAAAUGAAAUCCUUGAUGUUCAGCACACAACACCUUCCCUAGUGGAUCACUGUGAUACAAGCCAAUAUGCACCAUCAAUAGUUUGCUUGACACUGACAUGGUGAAAUUAAAUGGUGGAAACAAAUGGGGGUAAAUGGUGAUGGUGGUGGUGGGUUCUCUUCCUUAUUUGCAAACAUAUCUAAAGUUAAGGUCAGGGACCAUUGUUGUAGCAGGUGGUGAUAUUCCAUUGACUUGCAUUUUUCAAAACGGCAGCUGAAUCUGAUAGUACAGGUAUGUAUUAUCAGAGCUUCAGUGGCUCUGAAUCAGAGGUGCCACAGACAUGACCUUCAAUCCAAUUAAACUUGAAGAUAAGCAGCACCGAGCUGCAAAAAUAUCAACCCCCCCUUUAAAAAACCUUAUCCAAAAUCAAGAAAGAAAGAACAGGGUUUCUAUUUUUCUGUCCAAAAAAUAUCUACUAAUUGUGCUAAAAUGUGCUCAUUGCCAUUUUUCUCCUUGAAAAAUCAAAUACAAAUCUCACCUCUUAUCUGGCUGACAUGGUGCUGUAGAGUUUGAAGGCAUGGAUAUCCCUCCAGGACUGAGGAGUUUGCUUUGAUUGAAAACUUCUUCAUGCAGCUUCAAAGAGAGGAUUUGCCACAAUACUUUCCACCAUAUCUCAACUCUAGAAGGGAACAAAUGCCAGUGAAGGUCUGUCACUUUGAGCCAUUGAGUUGCCAAAUUUUAUAUUUAUACAUUCAAUAGUUAUUCUUCUACCUUAUAGUAGUAGUGCUGUCAAUGGGAUUAAUGGUAGAUCAAAGGAUAAAACCUGUAGAGUGCCAUGGAAUGUAACCAGCGCCCGCAAAAGCACUUAAGCCAGGAUUUUAAGCAGGUUAAUAGUUCUGUUGCCUUAAAGGGAAUGAGGUAUGAGGAGUUUUUUUUUUUAACAGAAGACAGAAGCAUUAUGUUCAGCGUGCAAAAUGUGUCACUAACUGGUUGGGCUGGUGUUUUUAGGGUCUUCUUAUGGUGAGCCAUAAUCAUCGGUAGUAAAGGUAGCACGUUCUAUCUCAGCAGUGCAUCUUGGAUGCUUAUAAAUCAGGGACGUGGAUCCCUCCAGGUAUUGUUAGACUGCAACACAGCCACUACCUUUAGCUAUCAAAGCCAAUGGUGAAUCAUUAUGGGAGAUGCAAUCAAGCAAUGUUUGGAUAGUCUUGUGCCCCCCCCCCUUCCUGUUUUGAGUGAAAAGUGUGAGAUUGAACACUAAUAAUGUCCUGUGCAUCUCAUCUGGGACAUUAGAGAAACCUCCCACAAGGAUGGUAAUACAUCAAAACAUCUGGGCAUCCCCUAGGCAGCGUCCUUGCAGAUGGCCAAUUCUCUCACACCAGAAGCGACUUGCAGUUUCUCAAGUCACUCCUGACACAGAAAAAAAAACUCAAUUGUAAAGGAAGUCCCAUAAAGUCCAGCGAGACUAUUUUCAGAUGAAUGUGUAGAUAAUUAUGGCUUAGUUGUUUUUUAAGUCUUAAUUAUCAUUUGGAGCCCCACUACUGUGCCAGAGCAAAAAUAUUAGAACCACAAAGGUACACAGGCUCAAUUUCUGUUGAUUUUGCAUCUGUUACGAUUGUAGUCUAACAUUCUGAGCGCACCCGCAGAACUGAACCUUUGGUAUCACUUGGAAUGAUUUCCUGGGUAGAACUAGUAACACUUGAUGCAUCAGUUUACAUCAAUCCUGAACCUUCAAAUCCUAAAUUGAAACAUAGGUGCUCGUGUGUGAAGUUCAAGUUGUAUGCUACUGUCCCAAAGAGAAAUACCGUAUUUCAAUGAAUCUAAGGUGCUAUCAAAUGUGCCCCCUUUUGAAGCUUCGAUUUCUGAAAAAAAUAAAGCAAAACAAUUUUCUUGGAAUGUUUAAAAAAAUUAUUCUGCACGAACAACACCUUUUUUUUGUUCUAUGCCUCUUUGCAGUGCAAUGUUUCCUGUAGGGCAGUGGUUCCCAACCUUUGGUCCUCCAGGUGCUUUGGACUUCAGCUCCCGCAAUUCCUAACAGCUGGUAAGAUAGCUGGGAUUUCUGGGAGUUGAAGUCCAAAACACCUGGAGGACUCAAGAUUGGGAACCACUGCUGUAGGGUGAGGAGGGAGUGUGAAAAAGUCAUUUUGUCUGCAUAAGUCUAUUUUCAAAUCUAUAACCUUGUUAGAGAAGUGGUACUUAACUCAGCCAGACAGUGAAAAGCUGUCUGGCUGAGUCUGAGGACAAAAAUUGGGGGGUUUAGCAGAGCCAUUGGGGCUGGGGCCCUUCCUCCUUCUCCUCAAGGUAAGACAGUGUUUUUGGUUUUUUAAUACUCCCCCUCCCCCACAAAAAAACCCAGUGAAUCUGAGGCGCCAUUGAAUCUAAUAAUUUUAAAGCCCUUUUAACAAGAUUUGAUGAAAUACAGUAGAGCUAGUUUGUUGUGUUUGAACUGUUGUAGGGAGAGUUGGUCAUGUUUAGCUUAAGUCUCAUUCAUUUCGGCGGAAAUUAAGCAUAAUACAGAACUAAACUACAGAUUAUAUCGUAGAGCAGAAGGAUGAGAGUUAUGCAGAAUUCCAGAUGUUGUGGGACUACAAGUCCCAUCAAUCCUAGCCAACAUAGGUAAUGCAGAGAUAUGCUAGGAGUUCAACAUUUGGAAGGAGCACAUGAGUCUCAUCCCUGGUGCUGACUUAAAUUGGAUUUUGGUUUUCUUACAAGAUAUUAAAGAGACUGGUAUGUGGGUGUUGGGAAAUUCUUCCUCUGAAUGCAGCGCAUAAUGAGGAAGACAGGCUGUCAUCUUGUCAGGACUUACAUGUGCUGAAAUGUCAUUUUGGACAGGCACAAGAGCUGUUCUGUUGUCAUUGCUCUCCGUCCAAAAGCCUUCCAUACCCAACAACUGUCAAGCCUCAGGAUGGGACUCCCUAUUGCUGUUGAUUACCAGUGAAGAAAGAUGUGGGAACAUGAAUUGAACCAUGGAGGUUUGUUUCCUUCCCAAUGGAAAGGAAGACACAGGUGAUCUCCUUUGAGAGUGCAAUCUCAUUUUUAUCCAUCUCCCAUGACCUAGCUGAGACCUGCUCUUUUGUCUGAACUAUCUCCUCCUGGGACUUGAUAGGUGUGUGGCACUGGGAGGACUUGUAACUGCACAUGCAGAGCUAUGUGCGUAUGCAGUAUCUCUUUAUUUCUCAACUCUAAUCAACACUUGUAUCCCCUAAACCAGUGAUUCCUAACUUUUUUGACCAGGGACCACUCUCCAACAUUAGUACCAAAAGGGUUACAAAUGGGUUUUGGCCAACUUUAGCUUUGGUUUGGUUAUUUAGGGUGCUGAUUCAGAAAAUUGCAUUGGGUAGACCACACCAGCUCUAGUUUCUGAUACAGAACAUACAAACCAUAUUUAAUAAUCUAGAGCUGAUGUGUUCUAGCCAAGGGGAAAGGGUGUGAAAGAAGCAGAAAUAAAUAAAAUAAAAUGAAGGAGGCUUGCAGAUCAGAUGUUCAUUCUUGUGGCCCACUGGUGGUCUGCAGCCUACAGGUUAAGAACCACUGACCUAAACAAAGCAUUUAGUCAGUGCCCAGGGGGUUGAGGAGCACCCAGUAAUAUUGAAUUUGGCUGCAUUCAAAGAAGUAACACACUUUACAACUGUAAUGUAUUUAAAGUAUUUCCGUAUCAUCUCCCAGUCCACAAGGGCUCCACAUUAAUUAAUUUGAGGGCUGAAAAUGGUAUAGCUAGAUGCUGCUGAGACAGUAAGACUGCCACCAGAGAGUUCUUUUGGACUGGGAGCCAAAAAUGUUCCACUUAUUGUCUCAACAACAUCUACCAUUUUCAAUGUUUUACUCUGCAUUUAAUGUGCAACAAACAAUAUUUGCAAGGAUUUCACUUCUUUGGUCAUGUGCCCUGUAUCGGGGUACAGUUUGGAGCCUCUGGAUCCAGGUAACCAAGCAGUUCAAGUUUUAAUCUUAAUGACACAGCAGAAGAGAAAUGGAAGAAAAGCUACCCAGAACGAACCAUGAAGAAGCCCUAAUAACACAAAUGUGUGUAAAAGCGAAAUGCAAAAAUGAGCCCUGUGGAGGCGGUCUGAACUCAGGGAAGUCCCAAGAGCAGCUCCUUGAAGAAGGAGGGAACAGGAUGGCAGGACAAAUGUGUUCUUCCAAAAGAGGUGAAAACGGCUUAACAGUCCACUGUGCUAUCCACUCCACUGUGCACAUACAAAUUCUAAAGCAUGCUUAAAGUAGCACCUUACAUCCUAGCUAAUUUUAGUUAUGAUGAUAUUUGUGAUAAGAUACUAUAUUGUCAAGAUGCCUUACAUUUUUAAUUUUUUGGCAGCAGGAGCAUGUUACUAGAAUGCAAGAUUGAAUUAAAAGCUGGCCUGUUCUUAUACCUGUGCCAGAUUGCUCAACUCACUGGUGAUUGCUUCUUGAUUUUAAGUGUAAAGUUGAGCUUUUCGUUUUGCAUUAAAAUUUUUGCAAAGUGCUUGAUAUUUUUCCAUUGUUUUACAGCCUUGUGAUUGUUUUUUUUAAAAAAUGUAAUUAUUUCAAUGCAUCCUUCAGUUCAUGUGUCUUAAAAUUUAGUCUCCUUUCUUUUGUUCACAAACAUCUUAUUUAACCAGUUCUUUGACCUUUUGAUCUUCCAAUGAUGUGCUUAUGUCAAGAAAUAAUUAAGCUUAUUAGCAAACUAUGGUGAGAAACUGUGUUUAUAUAGCCUUAUAUACCAAUCAUUCCUAUGUAUGUAUUGUUCCUGUGGAUGUAUCAUGAUUUCUCUCUCUGUUAAUCAGCACUGUGGUUAACUUGUACAAGUCAACUGUGAUUUAUUUAUUAAUAAAAUUAUCUCUUGAGUUA